AGGUAUAUCUGUAAAUCACAUCAAACAGCAAGGUAGAGGGCAGCAAGACGGUAAUGGACAAUACGCCAAGACAACGGAGCUGUUAGACAAACAGACAGACAGUCAAAUAGAAAGACAGACAGACAGAAGACAACUGGUGGCUAUAUGAGGACAAACUUUGACAGACAAAGGAUGCUUCCAUUACUGGUUCUAGCUUUGCUGGGGUUCCCCACGGCAACAGCCUCUGCAAUGCCUUGCACCCACACCUCUCUCUCCGAGACCCUUCCGUCCUCAGCUCACAGUGUCAGACCCUCAGAUGUGGCUGUGAUCUCGGCCAUUGGACUGCCCCACGCACAAAGCAGUGAGCUGUCCAGAGUGUUAUUGAGACUUCAUGAGCUGCUGACCAUGUUUAACCCUGACAUGACCAGGAGUCUUCAUGGUCAGACAAAUCUGUAUUCUGAAUCCUCACAGCACAGAACUCUUGUAGAGCAGGCAAAGGAACUGUCCCUCACCCUCAGGAGGAACCAGGCCAUUGAUCUAGACGCAGACUGGAAGCUGGUGAUGCUAUUCGUCCAGGUGGAUGAGCUCUGUUUAUGUCAUGACCAGUUCAGCGAGACUGUCACAGCUGCUGUCCAGGAGGUGGAUCUUGCUCUGCAGGUGCUGCAGUCACAGUUGAAGCAGACCAUUGUCAAUGUUGCAGUGUGGGGUGGAGAAUAUGUUCAUCAGAACAGGAUGUGUCAAUGUAUGGAGGAAAUACAUGAAUGGGAGCUCAGACUGCUGAGGGCCAUGCUCACUCAAGUCCUGCAGGAGUCCCUUGACGGACACCUGGUGGAGAAGCAGUGGUACAGCAACAAAGAUGACUUCACCGUCCUACUGCAGGAUGUCCCCUUCAUCACAGCAGACCCAGCCUCCUUUAUUAGCGCUGCCCCCAGAGCGGGUGCAUUACACACAGACAAACUAGCCGUACAGAUGUGGGCCAACUUGCUGCAGCCCACCAUAGGCCAGCAGAACAUGGAGAACAAUGAUAUGAUCAUCUCGGUGCCAUGCCCCAGUGAGGACCGGCCUUUCUUGAGAACAGAGCGGAACUCUCCCUCAGAUCACACCAAUGAGCUCUCUCCUCUUUUCGACCCUAUCAUGGGCACUCAUAUGCCCUGCGAGGACCAUAGCCCUUCCAACUCCACACCCACCUCAGUUCACGCCCUUCGGCCUGGCGAUAUCAAAGUCGUAGCUGCAGUGGGAGACUCUCUGACAGCGGGCAACGGUGUCGGAUCGGGAUCCAGUGUUAACAACUUACUGGAUGUUACGACGCAGUACCGGGGUUUAUCAUGGAGUGUCGGUGGAGACGAGAACCUCACCACUGUCACCACUCUUCCCAAUAUCCUGCGUGAGUUUAACCCCUCCCUGACCGGCUUCUCAGUGGGCAAAGGCAAAGAGCACACCCCUCAGGCCUUCCUCAACCAGGCUGUGGCCGGGGGAAAAGCCAAAGACAUACCAGAACAAGUGCGAGCAUUGGUGGCCAGGAUGAAGAAUGACUCGCUUGUUAAUUUCCAAGAAGACUGGAAAGUGAUCACUUUGUUCAUUGGAGGCAAUGACAUGUGUGACUACUGCUACAGCUCUCUGGUUUAUUCCACUGAGAACUAUGUGCGACACAUUCGUGAGUCUCUGGAUUACCUUCAUAAACAGGUCCCUAGAGCCCUGGUCAAUCUGGUUGAGCCACUCUACAUCCCCGUCCUGAGACAGAUGCACACAGACUUAAAUGCAGAUCUCAAGUGCCCUACCUGGCUUGUCAAUAUUCUGUGUCCCUGUGUCAUCUCGCCAAAGGAGGGUUCUGAAGCACUUCGUCAACUCAAUGGUCUGAACAGAGAUUAUCAGCGAGGACUGCAUGAGCUUGUGGAGUCAGGACGGUACGACACUCAUAACAACUUCACGGUGGUCCUGCAGCCUUUCCUACGAGACAUCAUCGUUCCCCAGACAGAGAAUGGACGUCCAGACCGUACUUACUUCAGUCCUGACUGCUUCCAUCUCAGUCAAAAGACCCAUACUCUGAUAGCCCGCGCUCUCUGGAAUAACAUGCUGGAGCCUCUGGGCAAGAAGACUGUCAAACUGUACUUUGACGAUGGUAUCCCUGUGAAAUGCCCCUCUAAGACCUCACCAUUCGUGCGGACCUAUGUCAACAGCAAUUACACCUAUGAGGAACCCGCCCCAACACCUCCACCAAUCACGAGCUGGGGAAGUGACUUCCCUUGUGUGGUCUUGGCUCCAUCCACCUCUGUGCCUACAUCAGUUCAUAAGCUGCGACCAGGAGACAUCAAGGUGGUGGCAGCACUGGGAGACUCAAACACGGCAGCAGUUGGAGCCAAGGCAAAGAAUGUGUUGCAGCUCAACACGCAGUACAAAGGAGUGUCAUGGAGCAUCGGAGGAGAUCAGGCCUUGGACACUGUCACCACACUACCAAACAUCCUGAAGAAAUUCAACCCUUCCCUCUAUGGCUUCUCCAAGGGUCAGGGCUUCCUGCAGAAUAGUGGCUUCAACAUGGCGGUGCCUGGAGCCAAGGCCUUUGAGAUCCCAGCCCAAGUCCAAGCUCUCAUCAAGGCCAUGAAAGAUGAUGAGAAGGUGCAUUUUGAACAUGAUUGGAAGCUAGUGACCUUAUUCGUUGGCGCCAGAGAUCUUUGUGAUUAUUGCAUGGACCAGCUCUACUUUACACAGAACAACCUUACACCCAAGAACUACAGUGAGAAUCUGAUGUUGAGCUUGGACAUGCUGUACAAAGAGGUACCGAGGGUAAUGGUCAAUGUUGUCGAGGUUCUGGAGAUGGAUCCAUUGAGGAGAGUGACUAAGGAUGCUCUGGUCUGCACCCUUAUGCAGAGAAAUGCUUGCCCCUGCUUUUUCAACCCUGAAGAGAACUCUCCUGAGCUUACCGAGGUCAAUCGGAUCAACCAGGAAUACCAGAUGGAGACUGAGCGAGUGGUCUCUGGGGGGCAAUAUGAUGGGCGAGAGGACUUCGCUGUCGUCGUACAACCCUACUUCCGAAACGCCUUUGUCCCUUUCAUUGGGGAUGGGAAGCCUGAUUUGAGUUUCUUCUCGGUGGACUGUUUCCACAUCAGUGAGCGAGCACACGCUGAGAUGGCCAUCGCUCUCUGGAACAACAUGAUGUCAACAAAUGAGAGCACCUGGGGAGUGGGAGUGGAGCUAGGCACUGCAGGACCUGGAUUAACCUUUACAUCACCAGAGGAACAGAGGAGAAGUAGGAUAAGGUUGGAGCCGGUGGGCAGGAAGCAGGUCUACAACAACUUCACAUACGACCGCACCAAAAUCAACUGUCCUUUUGAGGAUCAACCCUUCAUCUUCACUAAGGUCAAUAGCCUCCCAAGCCCACCUGUAACCCCCACCCCUCCUGUCCCAAACCCUGGCACCACCACCCCAAACCCUGUGGCCCAGUGUGACUCCUCCAUGCCUUUGUGGGUGCCUGUGGUGCUUGGUAUCACCGGCUUACUGAUCGGCUGGGGAGUCACCUGGCUAUUUAUGUGCUGCAGAGAACGGCAGAGUAAGAGGAAAAUGGUAGAGGUAUUGAUUGAGAUGAAAGGAACUGGUUUCUAAUGAUAUUCUGAGAGGGAGUUUGGAGAUGGUCACAAAGGCUUGAAUACACACGCACAAGCGCACACACACAUGCAUACACACACACACACACACACACACACACACACACACACACACACACACACACACACACACACACACACACACACACACACGCACGCACACACACACACACAAGUGUAUAGCACUGCAUCAAACAAACAUAUUUUAUAUAAAGUAUGUAAUAGAUGUGCUAAUUGUUUUGUAAAUACACACUGGUUAUGGCAUAUUUUCUUCCUAUGAAUAAGGUGUGAUUUGUACACCUUGCAUUUCCUAAGAAUGUACCAUAUUCCUUUGUGUUUAAACAAUAAACAUUGUUGAUGAACAUUC